UCCUAAGUUUUUCAGUUUUUUUUGCCUGUGAAAAAUCCAAAGAAGAAAAAAGAAAAAACACUUAUUGAUUGAAUAAUGGAAUCAUCAAAACAUAAAGUUAUUGAUAGUGUUAAAACACGUUUACAAGAAUUAAUAAAAUCAUUAGAUAUUCUGUAUGAUAAAUUGGAUAAAGAAUUUAAUGAAAUAAUAACGAUAAAAAAUCUAGAAUCAAUUGGUUCAAUAAUAUCAGAAGGAUUUGAUGAUAUUUGUAAUGGACGUCCACCAUUUAAUCCAAUAUCCGAUCGAUCAAGUAAUGAUGAUGAUGAUGAUUAUAGUGAUGAAAAUGAAACCGAAGAAUUCGAUAAUGAUGAUGAUGAUGAUGUUGAUGAGAACGAAGAGGAUGAAAAUAGCCGCCAACAACGUGAAAAACAAGUUCAGGAUAUAAUUCGUAUGGUACAAUCAUCAUUCAAUAUGACACGAUGAAGAAAGAAA